AUGAGCACAAAAAGACCGGAACAUCAAGCACCUCCAGAAGUUUUUUAUAACGAUGUUGAAGCUAGGAAGUACACGGAAAAUUCCAGAAUGAUAAAUAUACAAGUUUCCAUGUCAGAAAGAGCAAUUGAAUUACUUGCUCUUCCAGACAGACCUUGUUUUUUAUUAGAUUUGGGAUGUGGUUCUGGUUUAAGUGGCAGCGUUUUGGAAGAACAGGGUCAUACAUGGGUCGGAUUAGAUAUUUCUCAAGCUAUGCUAAAUAUAGCCAAAGAAAGAGAAAUUGAAGGCGAUGUAAUUUUAAGCGAUUUAGGUGAAGGAAUUCCAUUUAGAGCCGGAUCAUUUGAUGGAGCCAUAAGUAUUAGUGCACUUCAAUGGUUAUGUAAUGCCGAUAAAGCCACACACAAACCGACAAAAAGAUUGUACAAAUUCUUCAGUACUUUGUUUUCAGCCAUGAGUCGAACUGCUAGAGUAGUAUUACAGUUUUAUCCGGAGAACAGUAUGCAAAUAGAAUUAAUAACAGCUCAAGCGAUGAAAGCUGGUUUUUUCGGAGGUGUCGUCGUUGAUUUUCCCAAUAGUACAAAAGCUAAAAAAUUUUUUUUAGUUUUAAUGACGGGGGGUGCAGUCGAAUUGCCCAAAGGACUCGGAGAAGAAAACACCAAUGAAAUAGAUUAUACGAAUAAAAGGGAAAAAUUUCAAAAAAUGAAAGGUAAGUGUCCCAAAAGAAGCGUUGAAUGGAUUUUACAAAAAAAAGAAAGACGAAGACAACAAGGACGAAAAACUUGCUUCGAUUCAAAAUAUUCCGUUGAGAGCAUAACUUUGAAAACUCAUGUUUUAUGA